CCACGCCCAUUUCGUGGUGUCGCUUAAAAAGCACAAGGCAGUGCAGCGCAGCUAGCUAGCUAGAGAUAGAUGUAUAAAGUAUGAUGACCCCUUCUGUUAGCCUGCUCAUCCACAUUUCUGGUCUGAUUGCUGUGUCCCAAAUCAUCUUCAGUGGGACCUAUGAGCAAAAUGUUUUUGAUAGUCUCAAUGGCAACAUGACUGGUACUGGUAUCUUUAAUGUAGCUCUAGAAAGAGCCUUAUAUGCUAUGUCCUCAGCUGUACCAUUUAGCUCUGACGUUGUGAGUGUGGUAUGGUUGCUCAAGGUCCUAUUGUAUUCUGCUGCAACUCUGUACAUCUUGUAUAUUGGCAGGAACUUGUACCAAGCCAUAUUUGGAGUUGUGGAGCUGUACUGUCCCGAAACAAAGGUCGGAUUUGACUUCCCUAGUAGAGAAAUGAACGGACUCGUCACGAAACGAGAUUUUGUUAAUGAAAUACGGAGAAGAAAGAAGAUAGGGGAAAUACCACCACCUUAUCCGAAUGGUUGGUUUAGCAUCCUCCGCUCUAAUGAACUUAAAACCAGACAAAGCACUGCGGUAAAUGCAUUGGGACAAAACUUUGCUGUGUUUAGAGAUGACGAAGGGAAAGCUCAUGUUCUGGACGCCUACUGUGCUCAUCUGGGUGCAAACCUGGGUGUGGGUGGUAAGAUCUAUGGCUCCUGCAUUGAGUGUCCAUUCCAUGGCUGGCAGUUUGAUGGCGAGACAGGUCAGUGUACCAAGAUCCCGUACGCUAAGGGGAAGAUCCCGGCCCAGGCCAAGGUCAAGGCUUGGCCCACCAUAGAGUGCAAUGGUUCCAUCCUCGUGUGGCAUGAUGCUGAAGAAAGGGAGCCAUUUUGGUCGCUAAAAGACCUAGAAGGGAUAGCCAACGGUCGUUUUGUGUAUCGACUCUCCUCGACCCAUUUUAUCAAUGCUCAUGUAGAGGACAUCCCUGAGAAUGGUGCUGAUGUAUCUCACCUGGCAUAUCUUCACGGAGCAGGAGUUUCCUCAGGCUCUGGUAUAAACUAUCGUGAGCUGCUUUCUGGGAGACUGCACACACACAGUUGGACAGCUCGCUGGGAAUCUUUGCCAGAACCUUCCACUCAUGUUGGCCGUAUGACUCUUACCGUGACUAAUAAUUUAAUGGGAGUGAAUUUUAAGUUUCUGGACGUCACGUCUGUUGCUGACCAGAUGGGACCUGGAGUUGUGUAUCUGAAUCUCAAGUCUAAGUUUGGCACUGUGCUGCUCUUUCAAUCUCUGACUCCAUUGGAGCCAUUCCUGCAGAAACAUUCUCUGGUGGCCUACUCUGAUUGGUGGAUUCCUACAUUCUUGGUCAAGUGGAUGGUGCAAGCCUAUAACAUUCAAUUGGAGCGGGACAUGAUAGUGUGGAACAACAAGCGUUACAACCACAAGCCAGUCCUGGUACGUGAAGAUGAACUCAUACUGAAGCACAGGCGCUGGUACUCACAGUUUUACUCCGAGAACAGUGAAAAAUUCACCUUCAAAAAAGACGAACUUGAUUUUUGAACUUUGAACAAUGCAGUAACUGUUUAUACUUUAUAGCAUUGUCGCUUGACUGUUUAGAAGCUAUGUUGUAUACAUGUAUAUAGAGCAUUGUGUUAGAUCUAGAGGUCAGAUUGUAUAGCUUUUAUAUUCCUUCAUGUCCUGCAUGUAUGUUUUUUGUGUGUAUUUCUAUAAGCUAGAUAUACAUAUAAUUAUAGUA